UGGCAUCUUCCUCGUUGACUUGAUGGUGGGAGGAAAAAGUUAAGAAGAGGGAGAGAGAGAGAGAGCUGCUCCUCCUUCUCCACGCUCCGGACCUGCAGCCUCUCCGGCGGGAUACUGAGUGAGGGACUCCCCCCGUGGUUCUGGUCAGUGACCUGGUCCUGGUUCUGGUACUGUUUGGGGAAAAAUCUAAGCGGGACCUCGUAGUGAUGGAGCGGUGCUGUUGAAGUAGGAACCAGCGAGUGUGUGUGAGUGUUUCUGCGGCUCCUGGAGGAGCAGAAAGCGGGAUCAGGAGGACCGGGAGGAUCCGGAGGAGCGGCUCACUAACCUGUGCUUCCACCGCGCUCAUCCUGCGGCCGUGCCCGUCUCUGAGGUCAUGGGCUGCGGCCUGAGGAAGCUGGAGGACCCGGAGGACAGCAGCCCCGGGAAAAUCUACUCCACCCUGAAGAGACCGCAGGUGGAGACCAAAGCAGACACAGUCUACGAGUAUGUGCUGCUGGACUUCAGCUUAGAAGGAAGUCGUCCGACCGUCCAGUACGUGGCGUCGCUGUGUGAACUCCCUCAGGCUCUGCAGUCGUACUACACGCAGGGUUACGUCCUGACUGCGCUGCAUCCCAUAAUACUGUCUGUGGGCCGGACUCGCUCGCUGCCGUUCAGUCUGCUGUACCGCGCCGUCCUGGCCCGACCCAGACCCAGUCGACAGACGGCGUCCAUGUGUCACAGCGUCCCCGUCCUCAGGGUGGAGGAGUGGCCUCUGCCUGGAGAGUCACUGACGGGCGACACAGUCCGAGCACUCAUCGACCGGGUGAACAGCAGUGCUCGAGGGGGCGUUCGUUUCGUGGGCUCCGUCCUCCAGCAGGUGAGCGGGGUCGCGAACGGCAGGAUGCACAGUCCAAAGAGAGGCUGUCGCUCGCCGCCGCGCACACCACCACGUACGCCACCUGGAGACGGAGAGCAGGAGGACAUGAGCGCGUACAGUCCUGGAGACCUGAGGUUACUGGUCUUCUUCCACUCCUGGGCUCCGGGCUGUGCUCCUCUGGACUCGCUGGCCUGUCAGUACCACCAGGGGGCGAUCUCCAUGCGCGUGUCCAGGAAGGGUCAGGUGGUCAGCGCGCUGGAGGCCGACUGGCUGGAGCUGACCGCCGCCUACUAUCGCAGAGGCUGGUCUCUGAUGGACUCCUUCGUGUACUGGGACACGCCCAAAGGCGAGCCGGUGCCGAGGUCUCUGGAGGGUUUGUUUGUGUACGAAGAGAGAAGCACGUCGCCUCCCGCCAACGACACCAUCGUCGUAGAACAGUGGACGGUCAUCGAGGGCUCCAGCGUGAAGACGGACUACGGGCCGCUCCUGCACACGCUGGCCGAGUUUGGUUGGCUGCUCACAUGCGUGCUGCCCACGCCCAUCAUACGACACGACAGUGACGGGAACUUGGCCACGAAGCAGGUGGUGUUUCUGCAGCGGCCGGUCAGGAAUCAAACUGCCGGACAACAGAAGAACCAGGCUCUGUCUGUGCGCAGCGACGUGUCCGGCCGCUCGGUCGGCCGUCCCCUCGUCCCCGCGGAGGACGUGUCUCCCGGCGCAGGAGGCAUCGGCGGUUUCCCGGUGUUUGGGGGCGGGUAUCCCGGCGCUCUGUCCCACCUGGAGGAGGGCGUGUUCGAGCAGGACGAGGGAAAGGCCGAGGUCACCUGCAUGUGAGUGGGAGGAGUUUCUCCACUGCAACGCCAGGAUCAUUAAACAGUGUUACAACAACGCAGAUGAAACCACAGGAGACGGUCGUGAUGAACUCUCCACAAUCCUCACGUGGACCAACUGGGCUGCACUUUUUUAUUUUAUUGAAGCCAUAAUGAGGUUUUAUGUAGAAGUGGAUCUGUGUCACAUUCCCCUCAUCUGUUCCAACACAAGAACAUCCAGAAUUGAUGUUUUUUUUGUUAAUAUAAUAACACCGGAUACGCAGCUUAUCACGCAAACCUUUUUAAUCCGGUGAGCAGUUUUCUUGUUAUUGUUGUUGAUGUUUUGCUGCUUGUUGCUUCAGAGCGUAGACGGUACUGACGACUCGUGACGAGCCCUAAAGGUCGAAACUUUAUAGUUUCCAGGGAGGAAAAAAGGAAUAAUCUAGUUUUUAUUACAGUUUAAAUAUAGUGUAAAGAUUUUCUAAACCAGCACAAAAGUUUCUAUUGGGAAAAAGUGGAGUCAAUUUUUAAAAAAAAUGGAGACGUGAAAAGGGAAACUUUUUUUUUAGGACAAAAUGAUGUAAAUAUCUAAAUAUAAGAUGUGAGCGUUCAUAACCGUUUGUUUCAAAUGAUUUUCAUGCACGUCACUGUAUUUUUAAGAGGCAAAAGCACCUUUUUUAUCCAUUUUCCUCACGGAUAAAUCUCUUCUUUCCCUCUAAAAUGCCCGUUUACUUCACAAGUUUUCCAGUGCUGUUCACUUAUCAGUAUUCUUUUCCCCCACCGUUCUUUCUAAAGAAAAAGUUGUACAUUUCACUUUGUUUGUUGUUAUUUUAUUGUAAUAAACACAUAUUUCCCAUGA